AUGUCAGAAAAAAGGUUCCGAUUGACCCACAAGUGCAACUUGAGACAGGAAGAUUGGAAGUACAUUGUGGACAUUUCGCCUCACGCUGCAUGGUACCAAAAAUGUUGGUUCAAGUUCCGCGAGUUUUGCACAGUAUACAAAAACGUCGAAAGUAGUACCAGAUUUCGAAGUAAUCGAUCACUCCUCAAAGAAAAAUUACGCCAUUUGAAAGAAAAAAAAUACAGUUUCAUAAUCCACCCAUUCAGUCGCUUUGUCAAGUGUCAAAAACUGAUUAUGCUAGUGGUGUGGUUCAUCUUAUUUCUGUUUGACCCAUUUUUGGGGACUUUCUACGUUGAGAAGUACGUGACCGAGGAGAAGGACACCUCAUUUGUGUUUUAUUGCUUUUGGUGGAUUGUAAACUUGCUAGUGGCCGCGGAUUCCCUCGUAAGAUUCUUCACGGGAUAUAUGUUCUACAAGACAGAAGAAGUGGUCUUGGAGUUUCGCAAAAUCUUCAAAAAUUACAUCAAGACUUAUUUUUUCAUCGAUUCAAUCCCUUUGAUAACGUCAUUAAUUCUUGAAACGAUUCUGAAUAAAUUACCAAUAAAAACCCAGGUUUUAAUAAUACAAAUCAAGAUGAUUCGUCUUCUUCGACUACCCUCUCUCAUCUACAAUUUAAGAAUCUUCUUGAAAAUGUUCAAUUUGAAAGACACUGUUUGCACUUUUGUCUACAUUGGGAUCAUUGCAAUUUUUUUGUUACAUUGGUGGACCUGUUUGGUGGCCUUAAUCCCGAUCACACGCCGAUUGUACCACCUCCCGGCCACUUCUUGGGUCCAAACAUACAAAGACAACCUAAAAUUCCUCAAUUUCUUGGAUUGGAAUAUCAAAACUAAGAGUUAUGUCAACGAGUACAUUACACACAUGCAAAUGGUCUUGUGUCAUUUCUAUGGUGCUGGUAAGGGCGAUUAUACCAUAAAUGACGCUUUUGAACACAUCAUCUUCUCCCUGAUCCUCAUCUCAGGCCUGAUUUUCAAUAUUAUGAUUCUGGCAAAUAUAUUACAAACUUUUGGUACUGUCAACAUAUCCGAGGCCAAAUUCGAAGAAUUCGACUACCAAACGCAGGAAUACAUGAUCAAGAGUCGGUUUUCGCACAAGUUGAAACGAAGAGUUAACAAGUAUUUAGAUUACAAGUACGCAAAGACAUUCUUCCAUGAAGACAAGAUUUUGAACACGCUAUCCGAGCACCUUCGGAUGGAAGUUCUUCUUUACAGUUGCAAAAAUCUGAUCGAAAACGUGCAGAUUUUCAGAGGGUUGUCGCGGUCAGCUGUUGGGUGCAUUUUGGCCCUUUUGAAGCAGGAAAUUUACUUGUCGAAAGACACAGUCAUGUCGACGGAUAAAGACAAGGGGAAGUUGUUUUUUGUUCUAUAUGGAACGUGUCUGGUGCAGAUGUUAGGAGGGCAAGAGUUUGGGCACAUUGAAGAUGGGCACCAAGUCGGGGAAUUAACUUUUUUUGAGAACCAAACGCAUGUUAGAGUGAUUUAUAAGGUGGUAGCAGCGGAGACGUCCGAAAUUUAUAGUUUGGAAGAGAAGGAUUUGCGUUAUUGCUGUGUGAGGUAUCCAGAAAUAGAACAAAAGCUACUAUCGAUGUUUGACCAAGACCAGAUUAGAUUAUACCAACAAAUUAGUCUCGUCGAACCGGCUUAUUCGGAUGUGGAUGUUGGGGAUAUUUUGACUGAAUUGAGAGAGGGGAGGAUUAUCUCACGGGGCAGAAAACGGAACGAAUAAGACCCAC